AACCAUGGGACUACCUGCUUUGGAAUUUAGUGACUGCUGCUUGGACAGCCCCCAGUUCCGAGAGAGGCUGAAAUCUCAUGAAGCUGAGCUGGACAAGACCAACAAAUUCAUCAAGGAACUGAUCAAAGAUGGGAAGUCGCUCAUUGCAGCACUCAAGAAUCUGUCUUCAGCAAAGCGGAAGUUUGCAGAUUCCCUAAAUGAGUUUAAAUUCCGAUGUAUAGGAGAUGCAGAAACAGAUGAUGAAAUAUGCAUAGCAAAAUCCCUGCAAGAAUUUGCCACUGUUCUCCGGAAUCUCGAAGAUGAGCGAAUGCGCAUGAUUGAGAAUGCUGGUGAGGUCCUGAUCACUCCACUGGAGAAAUUCCGCAAGGAACAAAUUGGUGCUGCUAAGGAUGCCAAGAAGAAGUACGACAAGGAGACGGAGAAGUAUUGUGGUGUCUUGGAAAAGCACUUAAACUUGUCUUCUAAGAAGAAAGAAUCCCAACUUCAAGAGGCAGACAGCCAGGUGGACCUGGUUCGACAGCAUUUUUAUGAAGUCUCCCUUGAGUAUGUCUUCAAGGUGCAAGAAGUCCAGGAGAGGAAGAUGUUUGAAUUUGUGGAACCUCUGCUGGCAUUCCUGCAAGGGCUCUUCACAUUCUACCAUCAUGGCUAUGAACUCGCAAAGGACUUCAGCGACUUCAAGACAGAGCUGACAAUCAGCAUACAGAAUACAAGAAAUCGUUUUGAAGGAACCCGGUCGGAGGUUGAGUCCUUGAUGAGGAAGAUGAAGGAGAAUCCGGACGAGCACAGGAACAUGAGCCCUUUCACAAUGGAGGGCUAUCUCUACGUCCAGGAGAAACGUCACUUUGGAACCUCCUGGGUGAAGCAUUACUGCACGUAUCAGAGGGAAUCUAAACGAAUCACUAUGGUACCAUUUGACCAGAAAUCUGGAGGAAAAGGGGGAGAAGAUGAAGCAGUCACACUCAAAUCCUGCAUACGCCGGAAAACUGACUCGAUAGAGAAGAGGUUUUGCUUCGAUGUGGAAGCAGUGGAUCGGCCUGGUGUGAUCACCAUGCAAGCACUUUCUGAAGAGGACCGAAAGCUUUGGAUGGAGGCUAUGGAUGGCCGGGAACCGGUCUACAACUCGAACAAAGACAAUCAAAGUGAAGGCACUGCCCAGUUGGAUAAUAUCGGAUUCAGCAUUAUCAGGAAAUGCAUAAAUGCUGUCGAAACAAGAGGGAUCAAUGAGCAAGGGCUCUACCGAAUUGUUGGAGUAAACUCCAGAGUUCAAAAGCUAUUGAGUAUCUUAAUGGAUCCCAAAACAGCCUCUGAAACAGAAACGGACAUCUGUGCUGAGUGGGAGAUAAAGACUAUCACCAGUGCACUGAAAACGUACUUGAGAAUGCUCCCUGGACCACUCAUGAUGUACCAGUUUCAAAGAAGCUUCAUCAAAGCAGCAAAGCUGGAGAAUCAAGAGUCCAGAAUCUCAGAGAUCCACAACCUUGUUCAUCGGCUCCCAGAAAAAAACAGACAGAUGCUGCAGAUGCUCACGAACCACUUGGCAAACGUUGCUAAUAAUCACAAACAGAAUCUAAUGACUGUUGCUAAUCUGGGUGUGGUAUUUGGACCAACGCUGCUUCGACCACAAGAAGAAACUGUUGCAGCGAUUAUGGACAUCAAGUUUCAGAAUAUUGUGGUUGAGAUUUUAAUAGAAAACCAUGAAAAGAUAUUUAACACUGUACCGGAGACGCUACCACCAAACUCGCAGCUGCUGCUAAUAUCUCAUAAGAAGAAUACUGAUUCAAAGCCUCCUUCCUGCAGUGAGAGACCAUUAACACUCUUCCACACGGCACAGGCCAAUGAAAACCAGGAGACAAGGAACAGUAUCAUCAACUCCAGCUUGGAAUCUGUCAUCUCUUCAAACGUCAACAGCUUCCUCCACUCCAACAGCACUCUCCAACCCAACCUGAACUCAAGUGACCCUGACCUAGAAGUAAUUAAACCUAGUCGGCCAAACUCACUCCCUCAGAAUCCAAGCCCAACAUCACCCCUUUCACCGUCCUGGCCCAUGUUCUCUGCGCCAUCAAGUCCUAUGCCCACCUCCUCUACGUCCAGCGACUCAUCCCCCAUCAGCUCACCAUUCCGGAAAGCCAGAGCCUUGUAUGCUUGCAAAGCAGAACAUGACUCAGAGCUCUCCUUCACAGCAGGCAUCAUAUUCGAUAAUGUUCAUCCAUCUCAGGAGCCUGGCUGGUUGGAAGGAACCCUGAAUGGGAAGACAGGACUAAUCCCGGAAAACUACGUGGAGUUCCUAUAACUUUGGGCACAGAAGCAACACUGCUGAGCUU